UUAGACACUGGGCCGCUAGAGGGCAUCGGUCCCGGCAGGGCCGGACGGCAGACGCCGGGCUACCGCCACGCUCUUAAUGGCGCCCGGAAGGGGGCGGGGUGGCGACCGCAGUCGGUUUGGCUGAGGCGCUGCGGUGAAAGGAGGGGGCCAGCGUGCGUCAUCAAUCUGAGCCACCUGACUCCAGAGACCCCGGGUGUGGAGUAGGAAGUGAGGUGCGGGAAGUUCGUCGCUUUCUGAUGAAUUCAUUGACUGUGGAAUUGGGACCGGUGUGGAAUCUGGUCCCUGGAGGCUGGUACUUGCACUCUAAACACCUUUCUCAGGUGGUCUGACAGUUCGACAGAUUUGUCUGCCACGCGUGCACAGUCUGAGUACAGGAGGUUGAAUUAGUUCUUAAUAAUGGGAAGAACCUACAUUGUAGAAGAGACUGUCGGCCAGUAUCUUUCAAACAUCAGUCUCCAAGGAAAAGCUUUUGUCUCUGGUCUUUUAAUAGGACAGUGUUCUUCACAAAAGGAUUACGUGAUUCUUGCCACUAGAACGCCACCCAAAGAGGAACAAGAUGAGAGCUCCAAACAUUCCAAAGCUAAGUUGGAUAACUUGGAUGAAGAAUGGGCCACAGAACAUGCCAACCAGGUAUCCAGAAUGCUACCAGGGGGACUUUUAGUUCUUGGAGUAUUUAUUAUUACAACUUUAGAAAUGGGAAAUGAAUUUCAAAAUACCCUACAUAGAUUGAUGUGUUUUCCUCUUUUUCAGCUAGUAUUUGCUGUGGAAAAAUCUAUGAAUAAAAAGAGACUGUGGAAUUUCACAGACGAGGAAGUCUCAGAACGAGUGACACUUCACUUUUGCUCUUCUACAAAAAAAACAUUUUGUCGAACUUAUGAUAUCCAUAAUCCAAAGAGUUCUGCAAAACCAGCAGAUUGGAAGUAUCAAAAUGGACUAUCAGCUUCAUGGCUUUCUUUAGAGUGUACAGUAUAUAUUAAUAUUCAUGUCCCACUGUCUACUACUUCUGUCAGCUAUACUCUGGAGAAAAAUACAAAGAAUGGACUUAUACACUGGGCCAAGCAAAUAGAAAAUAGUAUUUAUUUGAUUAAUGGACAAGUUAAAGAUGAAGAUUGUGACCUAUUAGAAGGACAGAAAAAAUCUUCUAGAGGAAAUACUCAAGCAAUUAAUCAUUCUUUUGAUGUCAGAGUGCUAACACAGUUGCUUCUGAAUUCAGACCACAGAUCCACAGCCACAGUCCAGAUCUGCAGUGGCUCUGUAAACCUUAAGGGUGCUGUGAAAUGCAGAGCUUAUAUUCAUAGCAAUAAACCCAAGGUUAAAGAUGCUGUACAGGCCAUGAAAAGAGAUAUAUUGAAUACAGUUGCUGAUCGUUGUGAAAUACUAUUUGAGGAUCUGCUUUUGAAUGAAAUUCCAGAAAAAAAAGAUUCUGAAAAAGAGUUCCACAUCCUCCCUCACCGAGUUUUUGUCCCCAUUCCGGGAUCCACUGUAAUGUUAUGUGAUUAUAAAUUUGGUGAUGAGUCAGCUGAAGAAAUUAGAGACCAUUUUAUAGAGAUGUUAGAUCAUAUGAUUCAAAUAGAAGAUUUGGAAAUUGCAGAGGAAAUAAACACAGCCUGUGUAAGUUCCUCUAUGAAUACUGAAGCUUCAUUGGACAACACAGAUGAUGAACCACCAAAACAGCCAAUUAAAACUACAAUAGUGUUGAAAAUUCAGCAAAACAUAGGUGUGAUUGCAGCAUUUGCAGUUGCAGCCCUUGCUGCGGGUAUCUCCUUUCAUUACUUCAGUGAUUAGGGUGAGGCACAAAGAGCUUCCUGAUCAUCCAGAGAACACUGACCAACAAUUAUGAAUAAUAAUGAUGCAAACAAUCCAUCUGCGUCUAAGACAAUAGCAGUCAGAUCUGCUGCCAUAAUGCCUAUUAGGUGUGUUUCUGACUAAAAUGAAAUCACCAGCUGCCUUCUUUAGCCCUGCUUAUAUUAUAGGUGGCUCAGGCUUCCAAGAAUAAAGUUAUGAAUCUAGAUGGAAGUUGCAUGUAACAAAUCGUUAUUAUCUAUUUUUUAAAAUGUUCAAAAUCAUGGUUUAUUUUCAUAGAUUUUAGUCCUGUUGACCUGAACCACAUAUUGAUCAGGACAUUGGAAAUUUGAAUAGUCAGGGUUGACUGAAUAUAUUAGUAAUAGAACAAUAGAAAUUUCUGCAAAGUGGGGCAAAAACUUAUUGGAUAAGUUCAUAGUUUAGGACCUUUCUAUACUGAUUCCAAAAUACUGAUUGAGUUCCAUUUGAGGGGUAGGAAACCUCUCCAGACCUCUUGAAUCAGCAAGGAUUGUCAUAAAUCAUGAGCUUUCUCUGGUUAGUAUAUCAUAACCUAAUAUAUUAAAUAAGACUUUUGCUUCCAGUAAUAUAUUAGGUCCUGCAAAACAGCUAGAUCCUGAAUACAGUCUCCUUUUGAAUACAUUAAUAGGCUCAAAGAAAGUAGGGGAAAUCUCCAAGAACUACACCUCUAUUUUUUCUCCCUGACAAUGGAACACAUUUUGAUAUGGAAAUUAUGAAAACUAUAUUAAGCAUAAGGUUGGCAGUGGUUGCCUGGGUGACAAAUACCAAUUGCAGCACUGCCAUAUGCAGUUUUCCUUAGACCAGAAACAAGGAGAUAAAUCUGAAUCUGAGAUGUCCCAUCCAGGACAGUUGAAGUGGGCCUCAGUUUGUAAUACCCUAUAGUUCCUGGCAGAAACAAGAUAUAGGCCCCAGAUUCCCAUAGAUUAAGAUAAGCAGUAUUAUUCAUGGCUGGAGAUCACCAGGUGCAAGUUGAAACUAGCUAGCUUGAGAAAGAACCUGUAGAUAUAAACUUUGGACUCAAUUUUCCAAGGUCUUAUCAUCAACAUACAUGAAGGAUGGAACCACAGACUGAUCUGAAAAAGAAACAAGUGGAACUGCUUGAUGAGAAAUAUGUUACUUGCAAUUUAAAAAAAGAAAAACCCUUAGACAUGUUGAAUAUCAUAUUAGACUCAGCUGAAGAGACAAUACAUAAACUGGAAGCUAGAUAUAAGGAAAUUAUCCAAUGUGCAGCCAGGAGAAACAAGGUGUUAGAAAAUAUAAAUAUUAAGGAAAAGAUAAGAGAUAUAGAAGGAAGAAUUAUGAAUACUAGAAGUACCAGCAGAAGAGAAUAGAGAGGAUGGAGGAGUGGCAAUAUUUGAAGAGAUAACAGAAUUUUCCACAUUUGUUGGAAAAACACGAAUUCAUAAGUUCAGGAAGCACAGUGUAUCCCAAGCAUAUAUAGAUAAAAUCCAAGCCUAAACCCAGUGUAGUAUAACUGUGAGAUACCAAACAGAGGAUUCUUAAAGCAAUCAAAGGGGGAAAAAGAUUAUCAGUGAAGGCAAGACAGAUACUUCAGAAAGCUUCUCAACAGCAACAAUGUACUCCAAAGGUGGUAGAAUAGUGCCUUCAAAAUUCUGAGAAAAACAAUUGUCAACUUGGAAUCUGUAUGAAGCAAAACUGAAAUAAAUACAUAUUCAAGUGAAAAACAGAUUUUACCAUCAGUGGAACUUCUUUAAAGAAAUUGCAAAAGGAUUAUCUUCAAGAAGGAAAAUAAUUCCAAAAGGAUGAUCUGAAAUUGAAGAACUAGUAAGCAAAUAAAUGAAAAACAUGUAAAUCAAAAGUGUUGUUUGUAUAAAACAAUCAUAAUGAAAGAAGUGUUUAUAAGAAGCAAGAUUGUAACUAAAUAAAACUAAAUAAACAUUUUAUGCAACAUUAA